AUGGACCCAACGAAAGAGUUUUUCGCAAAGUUGAAGAAGUUGUGCGGGACUCUGGAAACGGAGACGGCCCGACUCCAGCAAACUUUCGAGAGCCGUCACGAGAGCGUCGACAGCGAUGUGGGAGCAAAGGCUAAGCAAGCAUAUCACGACAUCAACUGUGAGACGUUGGACCUCAAGAGUCAGCUGAAGGAAUCGCUGAGGAAGCAGAAAUUACAUAAGAAAGACGUGGAAACUCUCAUUCACACCUUCAGGGCGGUGGAGAGCACUGUUACCCAUGAUGUCCGCGCAGUCACGGAGCUCUUUGAAAAGUACGGAUACCAAGUUCCCACAGGCUCACGCACGCCAAACGCUGAAGGUGAGAAAUUGGAAGACAAAGAGUCGGGCGAGAAUGAGCCCGAAGGAGAAGGAGGCCAACAUAAGGAAGAGGAGGAGAAGGAGGGAGGCAGCAGGCCAACAUCACCGCCUCAGGGAGUGCCAUCACCUGACAGUGCAGCCCACAUGUGCACCCCAAAGCUUUCCGACUUUGGCCUGUGCGAGUUGCAGCUUCGCCAGAAACUUUUCGGGUGCAGCCAGUUGCCCGCCAUGCCUGAGAUCCACCUCCCCCGUGUAAACAUGCGUACGCCGCUGCCCCCCUCGCUCAAAUGUGCACUGCUCAAGGACGAGGAUGAGCUGCAAAUGCCGCAAUUGAUGGACUUCGGCAUUUCCGAGGACACCUUGUGCCUGAAAAACGACUUCACCAUGGAUCUCUUCAGGAAGAAGGCUAACAAAAACUGUAGGCCGGCGGAGAACCAGCCAGUCAUCAAUGUGAUUGACAUACUGAAAGAAGACAGUUUGGUGUCUCCUGAGCCACCGGUAUUCUGCACACCUGGGCUUCAGAUAAAAAAAAGAAAUGGCCACUGUUCCCCACCACCACAAGGGGGCGACCACACCCAACUUCUGAGUGCCGCCCCAAAACCUAUCACCAUCCCUGAGGUGCCGGCCUUCCAAACUCCCUUCUUAAAGCGUAUGCUCAGCAGCAAAAAACACGAACCCACGGUCGCCAAAAACGACCACAGCAAUUUCAUACUGCAUUCCGAGACGCCUCACGACGGCUGCGUCAGAGACGGACGUCCGUGGGAAUACGACGUACCGGAGUGUAACAUCACAGGCGUGCACCCGAUGCCCCUCACGCCCGACCUGAAGUCCACUCUUGAUAAUACUCCACGUACUUAUUCGGAUGGAGCCACACAGGACUACUACCUGAGCCCACCUCGAUGCAUGGGGGAACCCCAUGAGAUCGGUACCCCUGAGAUGCCUGAACUCAGCUCCGUCACGCAGGACAUCUGCAAUCUGGUGUUGCAGUCUCAGAAAAGAACAGUACCCCAAAGCAGAUGUAUGACUACGGUUUCUGAGCACGAGUUUCGCAGCUUGUCGGCAUUUUUGAAGCAGAUGACAUUGAAUGACCUAAACCAGGCAAUCUUCAGCAUCAACAAUUACCUGGCCCAGUCUCCAGGGGAAGACACACGUGAGUUUGGGCUAGAGGACCUCAAGAUUAUGACGAACGCGGGCAUCACGGCACCAGUCUACAUACUGUGCUUGAGUGCCCUCAGGAGGCUGGAACAUAUAAGGGGAGAGCGGAACAAUGCUGUCUACAAGCUCAAUUUGCACAGCUGA